AUGUCCGACCAAGAAACAUCCAAAGCACCACCAGUUGAGGCGGCGGGGCACAAGAUCCGGCCGGUCGGCGGUACCGAGUACAGCUGGUGCAAGGCGGUGCCUGGUGGCACUGGCAUCACAGUUUUGGCCCUGCUCCUUUCAAAGCCUCCAAAUAUCCCACUUUUGCAAAGUGCGCUUCACAAACUCCAAACUGCUCAUGCUAUCCUUAAUUCCCAACUCCACUUUGAUCCCACUUCCAGUGCUUUCUCCUACAUCAUAUCCCCAACUCCCCAGCUUCAAAUCCAACCCUUCGAUCUCCCAUCAACGGCUCAGAUUCUUCAAUCCUACGGUAGUCACCUCAACAGUCAGUCCAUUUCUCCAUUCCAUCUUAUUCUUGAACAUGAGCUGAACAAGAAUUCGUGGCAAAAUCUUGAUCCUUCAUUGGACACUGCGGUUUUCUUUGCUAGUUUGUACACUUUAGAAAAUGAAAGGUGGGUUUUGGCCCUCAGGCUGCACACUUCAGCAUGUGACAGGACAUCACUGACGGCAUUGCGUAUGGGAUUGUUGGGGGCGAUUGGUGAGGAGGCGGUCGCGGUAGCGGUCGAAAGGGUAGAAAAUGAAUUUAGUUUAGGAAUUGAGAAUUACAUUCCUAGUGGAAAGACUAAUAAGCCUUUUUGGGCUCGAGGGGUGGAUAUGUUGGGAUACUCUUUGAAUUCUUUCAGGUUGGCUAAUUUAAACUUCAAGGAUACUGAGUCACCUAGAGCAUCACAAGUUGUGAAGUUGCAAUUGAAUUCAGAAGAAACAGAUAUGAUUCUAUCAAGUUGCAAAUCUAGAAAUAUAAAAUUAUGUGGGCUUUUAGCUGCUGCUGGAUUAGUUGCUGCUCGCUCCUUGAAAGGCAUUCCUGAUGAUCAAUGGGAAAAGUAUGCAGUUACAACGCUUGUGGACUGCCGGUCUAUUCUUGAUCCAGUGCUUAGUAGCCACCAUAUUGGGUUUUAUCACUCUGCCAUCCUCAACACACAUGAUAUUGAGGGAGGGGAAGAUUUGUGGGAGUUGGCAACCCGAAUGUACACAUCCUUUGCAAAUGCCAAGAAGAAGAACAAGCAUUUUUCAGAUAUGGCCGAUCUCAACUUUUUGAUGUGUAAGGCGAUAGAUAACCCAGGUUUAACACCAUCCGCAUCACUCAGGACUUCACUAUUAUCCGUGUUUGAGGACUCUAUGAUUGAUCAAUCAGAAGAACUGCACCACGUAAUUGGCUUAGAAGACUUCAUUGGAUGUGGUUCAGUUCAUGGUGUAGGCCCAUCCCUAGCUCUAUUUGACUCAAUAAGAGACGGGGAACUGGAUUGCGCAUGUGUAUAUCCAUCCCCAUUGCAUUCGAGGGAGCAAAUGCAGGAGUUUGUUCACGAAAUGAAACGGGUUCUUUUGAAUGAGAGCAUUGGAUGA